UGAGAACAUCUACCAUCACAUCCAUGGUUCCGCCAUGAGUACUCGCUCCCGUCCGAUGAGGCAUUUGAUACCCUCAUCUCUAUGCGAGGCAUACGAGCGACUGCUUCUCUGCCUUCGUCCUCGCCGGCUGCCUCACCUUCACACCAUGCCCGAACGAUGUCCGAGACGCGUCAGACUAAGAAAGGACGGAGCAAAUUGAAGAAUGUCGCCGGUCUUGUUGGAGGAGACAGCGACAGUAGCGCGUUGACGCAGGAGAGCGGUGACGAAAGUGCUGUUCCCACAGCCAGCCUUGCUACAGGGACGGACGUUGGCACUGACUACGAGACGAUGAAGAUAUGGGUGUACGGGAUUCCCCAGGCAAGCCAGAAGAGCAGGGAAAGCUUCCAGGAGAGGUAGUGCUGAAAGUCGAGGACGAGGUGCUUCCACGGCGGGAGGCCGAGGCGUAAAGCGCAAAAAGAAGUAGUGUGUAUCUGACACUUUAGUCAAGUCUCGGAAAGAGAAGUGAGAAUGAUAUUCCGAC